ACACACCGAGAGAGAGAGAGGCGUCUGAUCUUCAUCUCGUUCUCAGUCCUUCAGUUCUUCAUCGACUCGGAAACUUCCCGCAUUUAGGAUCUGGAGACGGGGAUUUGUGGAUAUUCCCAGCGUUAUAAUAUCGUAUCGUCGUCGGGGAGCGCGAGAGGUUUUCUUCAGCGGGGUCUGAUGUGGAUUUAUAGGCUGCUGUCAGUUCGAGCCGAGCUGCAGAUUUGAUUAAUAAUCCCGAACACGAACCAUCGCUGUGGAUUAAGCUCGAACUGGUUCCUCAUGGAUCUGUUCCGAUGAUUGCGCACUGCCAGCAGCUCGGUGCGAGCGAGAUCUGAGGUCGUUCCCAGCAGCGCAGACAGUCGUUUCAGCUUUUCCUUUUUGGAUUCCGUGUCGGUUCGUCUGGUGAAAUAUUAAAGUCUGGCGUAUGAAACGGAUCGCGUGCGCUUCUCCUGCUCGCCGUUUCUCCGCCGUCUGCUCUGCGCCUGUGGAUUCGGACCUCCGGAUCUUCAUGACUUGCGGACAAAAUGGCCGUUUUGUAGCCGGGGAACCCUCUUGUCGUCCCGCAUGUUCAGGACCAAACGAUCGGGGCUCGUCCGGCGACUCUGGAGGAGCCGCGCGCCCGUGGAGGGCGACGGAGACGCGGACACCGGUACGCGCGGUGGCGGCACCGCGGGCUGCUGUCUCGGGAAACCGGGCGCCAGUAAGCCGAACCCCGGCACCGAGGCCGAACUGAAAGCGCUGACGUACUCCAUGCUGAAGAAGAUCAAGGAGAAGCAGCUGGAGGUGCUCCUGCAGGCGGUGGAGUCCCGCGGCGGAGCGCGGAGCCCCUGCCUCCUCCUGCCCGGGAAAGCGGACGCCAGGCUGGGUCAGCAGUCGUACCCGCUGCCGCUGCUGCUCUACAAGGUGUUCCGGUGGCCGGACCUCCGGCAUUCCUCGGAAUUAAAGAGACUUUCGUGCUGUGAAUCCUACGGGGAAAUCACCCCGGAGCUCGUGUGCUGCAACCCGCAUCAUAUGAGCAGACU